AUGUAUCUGGAUAUACUUGGCACCCUUUUUGGUUUGUGGAACAGCCUCAACACGAAUUACUUACCGUUUGCCCUACAGCGGCGAUCGACUGUGGUUGCCAGCGCCCCAGCUCCAGGAUCUGCCUCAAGGAUCCCGGAAUCGCCUAGCACCAAUACCAGCAGUAACAGCAUCAACAUCAACAACAGUCAGAUCCAAGCCAGCCAUCCAAAUAACAGCCACAGCAGCGGUGGUGCAGAUAACCUCAGCUGGAGGCAGCAAUCCUGGCUAGACAGGAACCCCUCGGCCACCACUGACGUAUCCGGUACUAUGUCAAGAAACCCCAUCUACGACUUGACCAACUUGGACAUUGGUCCUCUGACGGAGAUGUCUCAGAUUAUCAAAGAGGGAUGGCUGAUGAAGCGGGGGGAGCACAUCAAGACUUGGCGACAGCGCUACUUCGUGCUUCAUUCCGAUGGACGACUAACAGGCUACCGAAGCAAGCCGGCAGACAGUGCCAGCGCAGCCUCAGAGUCACUGCUCAACGACUUCACGGUGCGGGGCUGUCAGAUCAUGACCGUGGAUCGACCUAAACCAUUCACCUUUAUCAUCCGCGGCCUACAAUGGACCACGGUCAUAGAAAGGACAUUUGCCGUAGAAUCCGAAUUGGAGCGCCAACAGUGGACGGAAGCCAUUCGCAACGUGUCCAGCCGGCUCGUUGAUGUGGGAGAAGUGGCCAUGUCGCCAUCGGUUCAGACAGAUAUGACCGACGUGGACAUGGCUGGCAUCGCUGAGGUUGAGCUCUCCGAGCAGUUCUCCGUGCAGGGCACCACUUGCAACAGCAGCGGCGUUAAGAAAGUGACAUUGGAGAAUUUUGAGUUCCUGAAGGUGCUCGGCAAGGGCACCUUUGGCAAGGUUAUCCUGUGCCGCGAGAAGGCUACCGCCAAGCUGUUCGCGAUCAAAAUUCUCAAAAAGGAGGUUAUCAUCCAAAAGGACGAGGUGGCCCACACCUUGACCGAGAGUCGUGUGCUCAAGACCACAAAUCAUCCGUUCCUCAUUUCACUCAAAUAUUCGUUUCAAACCAACGACCGCCUGUGUUUCGUCAUGCAGUACGUCAACGGCGGCGAGCUUUUUUGGCAUUUAAGCCACGAACGUAUCUUCACGGAGGAUCGUACCCGCUUCUAUGGGGCAGAAAUAAUUUCCGCCCUGGGCUACUUACACUCGCAGGGCAUCAUUUAUCGCGACUUGAAGCUCGAGAAUCUUUUGCUGGACAAAGAUGGACACAUCAAGGUCGCCGAUUUUGGUCUGUGUAAGGAGGACAUCACCUACGGCCGCACAACAAAAACCUUCUGCGGCACACCGGAAUACCUAGCUCCGGAAGUAUUAGAUGAUAAUGACUACGGUCAGGCGGUGGACUGGUGGGGCACCGGAGUGGUUAUGUACGAGAUGAUCUGUGGUCGUCUUCCGUUUUACAAUCGUGAUCACGAUGUGCUUUUUACAUUGAUUUUGGUGGAGGAAGUUAAAUUCCCACGCAAUAUCACUGAUGAGGCGAAAAAUCUGCUAGCAGGCCUUCUGGCUAAGGAUCCCAAGAAGCGUUUAGGGGGUGGAAAGGAUGAUGUCAAGGAGAUACAAGCACAUCCAUUCUUUGCGAGUAUUAACUGGACAGAUCUGGUGCUGAAAAAGAUACCGCCGCCUUUCAAGCCUCAGGUCACAUCCGAUACGGAUACAAGGUACUUCGACAAGGAGUUUACGGGAGAAAGUGUGGAGUUAACGCCGCCGGAUCCUACUGGGCCGUUGGGCUCCAUUGCCGAAGAGCCGCUUUUCCCGCAGUUCAGCUACCAAGGAGACAUGGCCUCCACGUUGGGCACCUCGUCGCACAUUAGUACUUCCACAAGUCUCGCAUCGAUGCAAUAGAACAAGUUUACAAACUUUUACAAGCACACAUCAUGUUCUGCUUCAUCACCUAUUACUAUACUAUACCUAUAACAUAUAUAGAAAUGGGCAAAAGAAAGCAAAAAGCAAGAAUAUAUUAAAUAAUAAUUAUACCAUGAUAACGAAGGCAAGCACAGGGUUUUCUUGCUAGUUUAUAUACACCAAUAAUAAGAGAAUUGAAUUGAUAGUAACUUAUUUUUGUAUAACGAGAAAAGGGAACGUUGAACGAAAGGGCAGCAGCCGAAGCCGAAGCCGAAGCCGAGGAAAAUAAUUUACUACAUAUGAUUAUACACAUAUAUAUAAAUAUAAAUAUAUAUAUACAUAAACAUAUAUAUAUAUAUAUAUAAUUAUAUAUACAUCUAAAUAUAACACUUGGGGCAUUGCGCUUGAAGUGAUUAGUUAAUUUUAAACGCAAGUAAAACAUUUAACCAAGCGACUCCAGGACGGUGCGUUUUAGUAAUAGGAUAAAGGCAUGCAUCCUAAAAUCGUUUAAGUAGACGCAUCGUCUGAGGGCCGCUUAAGCUGAUUGAUUAUACAGAUUAUUCACGCGGACAGCACUCACACAGACACUUAGCAUAUAGUGAACAUGAAGUUAAGUUAACUAAACAGCAACAAAUCGAAAUACACACAUUCAACCCCGCCCCCAACACAUGCAACAUGCAACACUCGUAUAUAUAUACAUUAUUUAUACUCCAAAGAAGCAAAAAGAAACAGAAAUAAUUACGAGUUAUAUAUAAUGUUAAAAUUGCCUCUAAUGUGCUGUGCUUUAUGCAAAACUAAAACAACAGAAACAAACAAACUAAUAGUUAAUAAACGACCGAAACUUA